AUGGCGGCAAAAGCAGAACCGAUCGGGCCACGAAAUGGGCAUGAGUUAGCGCCAUUGAAUACGAGGGCAGAUGGCACUGAAAGGCCUCAUGGAGUGACAAUAGUGCUUCAAGGAUCUAGAAAUUCUUUGCAGAGGGAUGCUCCUGAUGAAGACAGAGCGGCUUGGUCAGGAAAACUCCAGUUCUUCUUAUCUAUCAUCGGUUAUUCCGUCGGCCUCGGAAAUAUUUGGCGGUUUCCGUAUCUAUGUCAACAAAAUGGCGGAGGUGCUUUUCUCAUCCCAUUCCUCAUCAUGUUGGUGCUGGAGGGUAUUCCCCUAUUUCUGAUCGAAAUGGCCAUAGGUCAGAAGAUGCGCCUCGGUUCCCUUGGGGUCUGGAACACCAUCCAUCCCUGGCUCGGCGGAAUCGGGAUUGCUAGCUGCGUGGUCACUUUAUUCGUCGCUUUGUACUAUAACGUUAUUAUUACAUGGGUUUUCUUCUAUUUGUUCAAUAGUAUUCGGCUGAGUGCAGACCAGCUGCCUUGGGCUCAUUGUCCUCAAGAUAAUGGUACUGCUGAAAUUGAAUGCAACAAAGCAUCAGCCACCGUGUAUUAUUGGUACCGAGAAGCUUUGGACGCGUCUCCAAGCAUUGAGGAGCCUGGUGCUCCAAGAUGGUGGAUAGUCUGUUAUCUGUUCCUCGCAUGGGUCAUUGUUUUCUUCAUUGUGAUGAAGGGUAUUCAGAGCAGUGGAAAGGUUGUGUAUUUUACGUCUCUGUUUCCAUACGUGGUGCUCACCAUAUUUUUUGUGCGCGGCAUUACUUUGCCGGGGUCGGCUGAUGGAAUUAUACAUAUGUAUAAACCGAAAUUAGCAAAACUUCUGGAUCCAACAGUAUGGUUGGAUGCUGCCACUCAAGUUUUCUACUCAUUCGGUCUUGCUUUCGGAUCCCUCAUCGCCUUCGGUUCCUACAACACCCCUAAUAACAACUGCGUGAGGGAUGUGUUGUUGGUGUCGGUCUGUAACGCUCUGACUGCGAUAUACGCAUCGGUGGUCAUCUUCAGUAUUCUUGGCUUCAAAGCUUUUACUAUGGUGGAGAAGUGCAUUACUAAGGAAAUCAAAGUGCUAGCAUUGCAUCAGAUCGGAGGUUUUACUCUUAAUUCAACCCAAGAGUAUUACGAAGAAAACUUCCCGUCCUUGAACAGUACGACCGUUUCAUCGCUCAAUUUAACUGGGUGUGCUAUGAGCAAGCAAUUAGAAGAAGCAGCAGAAGGAACAGGUCUGGCCUUCAUCGUCUUUACGCAAGCCAUCUUGAAGCUCACACCGGCACCGUUCUGGUCCAUAAUAUUCUUCUUGAUGCUUCUGUCUUUGGGUCUGGGAAGUCAGAUUGGUAUUAUGGAGGGCAUGCUCUGUACUAUAUUUGAUAUAGACUUCUUUAAGAGGUUCAGCAAGCCUGUUAUUACUGGUUUCGUCUGCACCAUCUGUUUCUUCGUGGGUCUGAUCUUCACGACGGGCGCGGGCGAGUACUGGCUUAAGAUGUUCGACUCGUUCGCGGGAACCAUCGGCCUCGUCGUUGUCGCGUUGCUCGAGAUGGUCGCUGUUGUAUACAUAUAUGGGCAUGAGAAAUUCACAAAUGAUAUCUACGAGAUGACCGGCUACCGGCCCGGCUGGUACUGGCAGAUCACGUGGCGCUAUGUAGGACCUUGCAUCGUGUCUUGCAUUCUCCUCUCGUCGUUGGUCUUCAUGAUUCUAAAUCCACCUACGUACGGCGCUUGGAAUGCAGAGGAGGGUCGCGUGGAAAAAACACCAUAUCCUAAUUGGGUACUCGGUAUCGCCGUGGCCAUGAUACUCGCCGGUAUACUCCCCAUACCGGUCGUACUCCUGCUGAGGAGAUUCCAAUGCUUGGCCCUCGACGUGGACAUACAUCAAGGAUCCAUCAGGAGGAUUGAAACCACCGUAUCUACCAAGGAGAUGAUGAGCGAUCAGGAUUCUUCAGAUUCGGAACAAACUCCCGCGCAAACGUCCGACCGAUAUGAAGACUCUAGCAGUGACGAAGAUAUUCUAAAUACAAAAUACUCCGGCACCAGACUCGCCAUGAAACCAAUAAAUGGCAACACAUUCAAAAUGGACGUUGUUGAU